UCAUAUUUUAUGACAAUAUAACUAAAAAAAGCCACAAUUUUUAUCUGAAAUCAAUGGCACAGAAAAAUUACUUUUCUUUAUACAACUACGCUGAAUAUGAAGCUCCAUCAUAAGCGAUAUUUUUAUUUAAACUAUUUUUUUUUUUUUUAAUAAACAUCCUUUAUUAAAAAGUUGAUGUAACGUUUUCAUUGUUGUCGCUUUUCGUUGCUAUGGUGACCACUUUGGUAAUGGUUACUAUAACGACAGUUACCAUAGAAACGGCUACUACGACAAUGGUUACUAUGGCAACGGUUACCAUAGUAACUGUCACCAUGGCAACGGUUACUAUGGCAACCAUUGUCAUAGUAACCGUUGCUAUGGCAACGGUUACCAUAGUGACUGUCACCAUGGCAACGGUCACUAUGAUAAUGAUAACCAUAGCAACGAUUACCGUAGCAACGGUUACUAUGGCAACGAUUUCCAUAGCAACGGUUACUAUGGUAACCAUUGUCAUAGUAACCGUCGCUAUGGCAACGGUUACCAUAGAAACUAUCACCAUGGCAACGGUCACUAUGAUAAUGAUAACCAUAGCAACGAUUACUAUAGCAACGGUUAUUAUGGCAACAAUUACCAUAGCAAUGAUUACUAUAACAACGAUUACCAUAGCAACUGUCACUAUGGUAACGGUACUAUGACAAAAUUUACCAAAGCAAAUUAUUUAUUAUUUGUUAAAUUAUAUUGUUGUUUAAUACGA